ACGCGUCUGCGCCCGUUUCGGGUGUUGCUUCUAUAAUUGAACUUCUUCCUAUAUCUUCUUCUCUCCUCCCGCCUCUUCCCUCCACCACUCAAUCAACCAACCAUGUCGGAAUCUCCUGAAGACUACGGAUCCCCCUCAUACCUCACCGACAGCUCGCGGAAACGCCGCGACGAGCUCGCCCUGCCUCUCCCCCCCGGCGCCCUUCCCCCCCGCAAGCGCGCAAAGACCGCGAUCGAGAAGGAGCAGCGUCGCAUCGAGCGCAUCCUGCGCAACCGGCAAGCAGCGCAGUCCUCGCGCGAGAAGAAGCGGAAACAGCUGGAGGAACUCGAGGCCAUCAAUGAGCAACUGCGACUGGAAAACAGCUCGACGCUGGAUCGUCUUGCCAUCGUCGAGGCCGAGAACAAGGCUCUUCGCGCCAAACUCGACGAGCUUUCGACGAUGUCUAUCAAGCGCGACUCCUCUUCCUCGUCGUCGUCCACAGAGUCGGAGAUGCAGCGGAUAAAGACCGAGGCGCCCUCGCCUUCGCACUUUCUCUCUGCCGAUCUCUCGUCAACCUCCUCCGGCUCUGUCUUUGAUUCGCCAACCUCUCCCUCGCUAUCAUCCUUCUCUCCCGCCUCCGGCUCCCUCCUCGACUCAUACUGCACUUCGCCCGAAGACUCUGCCGAUAUCCCUUCCACUCCCGACGCCAAGGACGCCGUGGCCUUCAAAUUGAUGCAUCAUCCCGCAGCGUCAUUUGAAGGAACACCCACACGUCCUGGGCCCCUGGAUGGAAAGGAUCGCGAGCAUGACGGCUUUGUCGGUUAUGAUGUCACAACUAUGCUCUUUGACGUUUCAGCAGCUGCUCCCAUCUUUGCCGCUCAAUCAAGCCACUUUGACAGUUCGGUGAGCGCCGGCAUGGAUGCUGAUCAGCAGCUUUUCGACUGGGAUGCCGUCCUUGACUCGACAAAGGACGAAGAGCCCGUGGCCUCGGCUUCGGAGCUCCACGACUCGACCUCCAUGUACGACAGCAUGAUCGCAGCCUCUCACGACGAGGACGACAACAGCAACAGCAGCAGCACCAGCUUCGACUUUGACAGAGACGCAAGCGCCAAAAGCCCGAUGAUUUCAUUCACCGUCAACAACGACUUUAGCGAGAAGAACAACAACUCCGUCGACAGUUUGAUUGAAUAUCCGACCGACUCUCCAGCUCUCACCUGAGAUGCAGCUGAUCUCUGACAAAUGGCGCUCGCCCUAACAGGGCUGUAGCGACUGGUCUGGGAAUCGCAAUGGAGACUGUCGCUUCGUUUUGAAUAAUUCUAUGACCAACUGUCUGGCGUGAUCUGUUAUUUUCUUUAUCACUUUUUUCUGCAUUCUCGGGGUGUGGAUAUUGUCGGAUACUUUUGGCAAUUGCGGUUUUUUCUUGUUUAAUUGGGCCUGUUGUGCUCUGUCUCUUGUCCUCAGCGACGUUGUGGUUUUUUUAAUGUUAUCGGGUUACUACUAUGGAAAACGAGUCGGGAAAACAACACUAGCUACUGUACAAGUGGCUUGGAUAUGGAUGCAACGGAUGGGUAUGACGAAUAAUAAUUAGUCAUGGGGUGUGGUUUCUAUUUUUUUUUGUAAAAAUUCUCUACUUGGCUUCGGAUACGGUGUCUUUUUCUUUGUACAUGAAAUGAAUUAUAAUAAAUAUCGGUAUGAUUUACAACUGUUUUGAUGUAG